AUGGCUGCUGUAAACUACACGACGGGAUUUAUUUCGGUGGUCACUGGCUGCCUAGGAGUACAUGGGGCUUAUGCGUCCGCCGCAGUGGUUCCGCAUUUAACUGCGAUUUGUGCAUGCGGUGCUAUAGUUAGUGCAUAUGUUACGAUGGCUGCAUACAAAGAUGACAAAUCAACGGAGCUGAUACUCAGCGAGCUCAAAACGCUCGACAAGAAGAUUGGGGAACUGUCACAUAAGAUGGACGCGUUGUUCGGUGAUCUUAAGUCAUUUAUAACAACGUCUCACUUUUACAUGAAUGAGGUCGCUACAAUCAAAACGUUGAUGAAAUACAUGCAGGAUACGAUGAACAAUCCUUGUAAAUACACAAAAGAGCUAUUUCGUGGCGCUGUGACGGAUAAUAAACCUUUGUGGAUUGCAGAGCAAAUGAUUAUAAAACUCGACCAGGAGGAAACGAAUCCUCUCAAAAUGGCAAUGAACUGUGAUCCUCUUCGACCAACGGAAACUUUUGAAAAAUGGAGAAAAAUAAUCGACGGAGUGCUUGCCCAAUGUCUGAUUUUGGAGACGUACCAGAAUGGAAUGUUUUGCGAUAAGAACAUGAUUGGACCGAGUCGUUUAAAGAAGCAAACCGAAGAAUUACAACUGAAAAUGAAUAGAUGGGCUGAAGAAUACCGUCAAGAUCACUCGUACUGGGACGAUGGAGUCUUAAGUUUAAUCCAUAAUGUGCAAGACAAUAAUGAGGGAAGUGAAAAUAUACGAAAUAUUUUGACUAAAGAAUUGGGCAAGAUCAUGACAAACCACAAAUUUUACGUGAUCGUCUACGAUUUCUGUGACGGUUCAUCUGAGGAGUACCAAUUCACUUCAUACAGCUAUUUCAAACGCAAUUUUAAAUCUUCUUUCAAUCGAAACGGGUGCAAUGCUUUUGUUUUACGAAGCCUCAGAACCCAAGAUUGCAAAAGGCACGAGGAGAACCUUCAAAGAAAGCUGCAAGCUGCCCUUCCAAUGGAAUACGACUACAGAUUCAAAUUGAUUGAUUAUGCGGAAAAGCUUUGCAAACGGUUCGGCGAUGAAUGUGGACUUGUGUUGAUCAUUCGGCGCAACACUACUAUCUUUUUCGGACCGGUGAACUGGUACUUAAAUGAGUAUUCAAAAAGACCCGGCGCCUUGAUUGAGGGAUUUUUCGAAAAGACUUUUUUGGGAAAAAACUAUGAUCGUAAAUCGUUUUGGAUAUUUGCAGGUGUAUCCUAAAUAAAGUUAUUGUUGAUU